AUUUUGUCGACCAAGCAAAUGGAGCUAAUAUUAAAUAUCAAAAUCGAGCAUUUGAAUUAAACUGCAAAACUGCGCAGAGAUCAUUAACGGCGUUGCCGCCAUUUUAUAUAUGUAGGGCAUGCGUUGGUAUUAGUGUUAUUUAUUAUUGCAAAAAAUACCGCGACGCGUUGUUGCUGCCGCUGCUGGUUAGCCAGCAUUUUGCAGUAGUCUAGUGUGGUAGUCUGAUAGUGUGUGUGUGUGUGUGUGUGUAUGUGUGUAAGAGAGUGAAGAAAGAAGAUAUUUCUUGAUUGCGAUUGCAAAUACACGUGUGGAUAGUCUUGACUAUCGUAGCCGGCAAAAUGAGCAGCACGCCCAGCGCCGAGGCUGUGCUGACGGUCGCAACGCCUGCGACGCCAUCGCCUUCACUGAAAGCCUUUGAUUUUGAUUUUACGGGUAGCAACUAUGAAAUGGAUGCCAGCAUUUCGGAGGAGGAGCGUCGCUUUUAUCUCAAAAUGUAUCCCACCGUCGAUGUGGUUAAUCAGCGUAAAGUCCACUGCACCGUUUGUCGCAUGCAUAUUGGGACCGCGGCCAGCGCGGACAGCAACAUCAAAAUGCAUCCGAUAUUGCGGGUGACGCACUGUAUCAAAUGCCAUGAUUUCUACAACAGCGGCGAGUUUUCCAAGGGGGAGGAUGGCUCCGAGUUGUACUGUCGCUGGUGUGGUCAGGGCGGCGAAGUAUAUUGCUGCUCAACCUGCCCAUUUGUGUUCUGCAAGUCGUGCAUCAUUAAAAACUUAUCGCGCGGCGUUAUCGUGGACAUUGAGCAGAACGAGAACUGGAAUUGCUUCAAGUGCACGUCGAAAAUACUGUGGCCGCUGCGCGCCCAGCACUGGGCGCUUGUCAACUACAUCCAGACGCAGAAGAACGGACUGCAAUCGAUGCAGCUGUCCGAAUCGGAAAUGCGCAGGCAUAUGCACAAGGACUACAGCACAUGCUGUCGCCUGGCCAAAGCCAAGGCCAACAGUCUGUCCGACUCCAUGGAGAGCCUAGAAUCAAAUGCUUCCAAGCGCAGUCAUGCCAGUUCUGUGCACUCAGUUAAGAAGUCGCCCAAGCCACAGUGUACGCCCGCGAAGCGUCCCAAGUCCUCCAAUGAUGAGGUAGUCUGUACGCCCGAUUUGCUCAGCAUGCUGGAACCGGAUUGUCAAAUUUCAGUAGCACAAAAGCCUGGUCCACGGCCCACUAUAACUCCAGCGGCCAGCAUCACCCCCACCACGCCGCGCAUUGUGACUGUACAGCAAAAUUACAGUGGACCCAGUCCGAGUACUAAUGGCAGCGCCACAGCUGGUCCACGUAGUAGCUUGCCCCCGCCAUUGGUAUUGAGCAGCUCGGGCAUGCGCUACCGCCAGGCGACACCCGGUCCAGCUUCUGUUGUGCGACGCACCGUGGUGCCAAAUGCCGUACGCACUGCGGGUCCCGUCUUCCAUACCAUAAAUGGUUUUCGUGUCGAUCUCAAUAGCGCAGCGCAGCAGGACUCCUAUCGUCUGCCCAAUGGUCGGCUCAUACAGGUCAAGCGCCAGUUGCCACCCAGCGGCCAGCCCUCAACAACGUUGACGCGCACCCCUAUUUCAAUGAAUCCGCAGGUCAUCAUACGCCAACAGACACCGGGAGGGCCAUCGCCGCGCAUGGUCCACCCCAGUUUUGGCUCCAAUAUGGGCAUCUAUAAUCCACAAACUAAUCAGCAGCAGCGCGCGCCGCAAGUGGUGCGCGUCAAUAAUGGCAGCCAGGUGCAUUCGGUGAACAUUGCGGCGGCAUCGACGCCUGCCAACAGUAAUGGCGGGACAACCAUUAUGAUGACGCCAGCAGCAGUGCACAAGGCUCCGACACUGGUGCGUCAUGUGUUCCCCAACAGUCCCAUUGGUAUGGCGCGCACCCAGCUGCAGGAGCAGAUCUUUAAUGCGAUGGAAAUAUGCACGCAUCUGACGGGCAAAGUGCAAACGCUAACCCAUUCGAAUGCGUACAAUCAGGCGCGCAGCUACAUGGAUCUCAAGGAGCUCUACAUACAUUUAUCCUAUCUGAUGACCUAUGCGAUUGGACGCUUUAAACAGCUGCAGGAUAAGUGCCUGGUCGAUAUGCGCGAAAUGGGCUUUAAGAAUGAUGCUAACAGCUUGGAGAACGGUCAACUAGCUGCUGCCGUGGAUUAUGUGUGCUACGGCCAGCUGGACGAUGUGGAUCUGUUCAAUACGGGCUGCAAUAGCUUUCACAACCAGGUCUACGAAUAUCGGAAGAGUUUGCAGGCGAAUCUGAAGGAUGGCGAAAGCAUUGAUCCACUGCCACCGCUAAUGCCGCUGGGCGUGCGCGCCGAAGGCGAUCCCAAAGACGAGGACGAUGAGCAGCAGCCAAAUGAGACAGCGGACAAUGAGAACGACGAGCCGUCUGAGUAUGAUGAUGAUCGGGACGAUGAUGCCGAUGAUGGCGAGGAUGUUGAUGAUUUGGAUGAUGAGUACGAUGCACUCGGCACCGAGGAGAGCAUGAAUCGCAAUGAGCAGGCGCAUGCCUAUGAUCGCAAGCUGACCCGCCUGCUGCGCGAAUAUCCAUCCAUCUGGUGUACACGUCAUCCGGACUAUGGGAAAAUGGAGGUGACACGCAAACAGUGGCGCGUCAUUGCCAGCCACUUUCCACGCGGCGACGACAUCAAACUGCGCUGGAAGAAUGUGCGCAAACGUUAUGUGCGCAUCGAGCGACUGCUGAAACAGGGUAAACGCUUCAAGGGCUAUUUUGACAAGGCCACCAAUUAUUUGGCCAACCGCGAUUUGCCUCGCAGUGAAUGGCAACCCGUCGACUGUGGCGAAGGCGAUGGCGACGGCUUUGAGCGCAAGCAACUGGAUGCCAUUGAGAAUACCAUACAUAAGGAGCAACGUGACUUUGCCGAUGUGCGACAACAGGGGGUGAGAGCGACGCCACGUUUGCCUGUGCGUCCGAUCGAGGUACGUCCGAUUGAUAUGCGCAUCAUUAACUUUGCCAAGAGUCAUCCAGUGCUGUGGCGCAAGUCCGCCGAUCCUGAGUUCAACAGCAUAGAUGAGCAAACGCGCAAAUCGCUGUGGCUCAACUUUUGGAAAUCAGCGCCCAACUAUCGCUGCGAGUAUAUUGUGGAGCGCUGGCAGCAGAUGUACGAAAUGUACAAGUCCUUUCGUCUAAAAACCAUUAAGGACAAGCGCACAUUUGCCAAUCUGGAGCUAAAGUACUCCAAAUAUUUGGCCAAUUUGUAUUUUCUGUAUAAAAUUGACGAGCAGGACUUACGCGACGAAUUCGAACCUCUGCAGGAUUGUGUGCAGCAGGUGACAAACGGUGGCGCCUCCAGCGAUUCAGCUGGCAAGCUAAAGGAUAUGCCCGAUGAUAAGCAGUUCGCGCAACAACUGGUGCUGGCCAUGCGCGCAUAUCCCACACUCUGGAAUCCGCGACAUGUCGAUUACAAUGAUGUGGGUGCCCGCGAACGCCUGUGGGCGGAGCUGGCCCGACGCUUGCCACGCUUCCGGCGUGAUGCACGCGCCUGCAAAUUGCGCUGGCAAAUGGCAAAGUUUGCCUACGAGUGCUACUGUCGCGAGCUGGAACGACAGCCAAGACCGAAUGAGAAAACUCUGCAAAAGUUGCGCACCAAUUUUCCGCUCGAAGAAAUGCGGUUUCUUAAUAUAUAAGUUACGAAUUUUAUAGAUUUUAAAAUUACAAACUAGCAAAAAACAAGCCAGCGACGAUGAGGACAAUGAGAUUGAGAUCGUGGAGCCCAAAACGGAUACCAUCACCAUUGAUUCCGAUAAC